AUGGACUUUAGAGAGGAACACAAUCAAAUACCAUUAAUGCACCCUGUCAUGGACGCCGAUAUAUUACGAGAUUUAAAUAUUCCACUUAUUUUUUGUAACAACCAAGAAUCAUCAUCUAAAUUGCUUAAAUUGAUGAUGGAAAAACGGAAAGAACUUUUGGAUAAAUCUAAGAGCCGCGAGGAGCUUUUGCAUGAUACAAGUAAUAAUGAACAUGUUUUAGAAAAGGAGGCUGUUGUGGAAACAGCUGCAAAAAUAGAGACGCCAUCAACAAUUCAACACUCCCUUCCACCGCAGCAAGUUCAACAACCAUUCUUGACAACCAUCUCUAACAUUUCUCGAGUGGAUGAUCAAAGUGAAAACUCUGAAAGCGAGGAAGAAACAAAAAUGUACAUUAUGGAAGAUGAUAAUUAUGAAAUUGGAGGUUUUAAUACGAUACAACAGCCGUUUUCACACGGAACAGAGCCAAAAGAAAUCAACAACCAAUCGUUUGAACCUGUCAAGACACCUCAAAUUUUGGGUCAUGUUUCUGAGCGAAAAGAAGAAAGCACCAAAACAGUGUCCUCUCCUUCUUCGGUUCUGUCCAUAAGCUUGUCAGCAACAUCUACAAUGGCUCCAUCAACUUCAAGCGGCAACGCCCCACAAGUUACGGAACCAAAGAAAAAACGUAAAAGAUCCAAGAAGAAGAAAGCAGAUGAAUCGCAACUCAAGAAAGCGAGCUCAAAACCUACACCUAAUCCAUUGGCUCAUCUUGGAAAAUUCUCCUGCUUAACUCAUGAAGAUGUCGCCUUCUAUUUGAAGGGAUUGAAGCAAUUUAAAGCAUUUCAAAAACAAACGGCUCUAUCCAACGCUCUUCCUCCUCCAUCUCCAUUGUUUUUCAAGCUUAAAAAGAUGGUUGAAGAAGAACAAGCAAUUUAUCGAAAAGCAUUAUUUGACGAUGCGUGGAAUAAUAGGCUCGUAAGAUAUUUUCACACCGAUCCGUACAUUAUGGAACAAGUUGAGAAAAUGAAACAAAAAAAGAAGCUCGAUCGAUUAGUACCACCUACAAGUGUCGCUUCUAAUUUCCAGGAUAUGAAGCACGUCCUUCCACGACAUUUUGAGCUUGUCAAAUCGAUGAAUCUAUUUAAUUUGCAAGCAACCAAGAUGUUGGUUUCAACGCCCGCUGGUGCAAGUUCUCUGCAAAAUUUUGCUGAUCCAAUUUUGAAAUUUUCCAAAACUAUUUAUCACACUUCAGACAAGUACUUUACCUAUCAUAGAAACACUCUUAUUUAUCAACAAGAGAGUGCAGAACAAAUAGAUGUAGAUGAUACUGCUGAUGAGACAUCUUCAACCGUUAAACCUGUCAAGAUACCAAAAUUACCUAUCAGCACCAAUAUUUACAAAGUAGAUGACCCAUCCUUGAAUCCUAUAUCUGCCAUGGAUAACUCAUCAGCAGUCUCCACCGAUCACUCAGCUAUUAAUGUUGUCUAUGAUCCUCUCAAGCAUUUACAAAAAUCCACAUCUUCCAUGAAUGUAUAUUUACACCGUAAUUUACCACAAGUGUCAGAUGAUUGCAUUAUUAAUGAUAUUAUUUUACCAAGGUUUCCAGAAAUUGAUUUCGUUUGUGCAAGCAGCGCAAUGUCUGCACUUGUGAAUACUUUAGGUCCUAACUUCUCAGAGGAAUGGUGUAUUCCAGUAAUUGCUAAACCUUAUUCUAGCUCUACGACUAGUGGUGAUACAACCAUGUCACAAAACAAGUUUACAAUAUUCUUAGAAAAACCCUUACUCAAAAAAGUAUGGACGCAACGAGAUGUGAAUCAAAUGUAUUACAAGUAUGCGAUCAAAACAGUCUCUCUCAGAGAGCCAUUGAUUCAUGUUCCCUCAAAGACAACCAUUCCCACUUUAAAUCUCGACGAGCAACAAUCAUGCGAAAAUUUUUCACAGUUAGAACUCAUGCAUCGUGAUGGAGAACCAAUUUCAUAUAAUUUAUUUACAGUUGGAAAUUGGAAAAUAUUAUUUCGAACAAAAAUAGAUGGAGCGUAUAAUGACGUCAAAACAGAUCGAGCAACUGUUGUGAAAUUAAUCACCAAACUUGAAUAUCAAACAGAGAAAGGACUUGAACUUUCAACACAAAGCGAAUUGGCAAAAUGGUGGACCAAUGUCUUUUUGAGACCUGCUUCUGCAAUUAUUGUGAAUCGAGUAGAUGUAGCACAAAAUAGAGUUUGUAGAACAGAAUUCAAACGAGUCAAAGACGUGCUUCCAGAAGUAGAGGAUGAAGAGGAAGAAAAUGAAAGAUAUUGGUCCAAUGUGUUGACAUCAAAUUUGUCAUCUCAUGGAGUGGCUGGAGGAGGUGCAAAUUGUGGAUUUCAACCACAAUUAUCCAUUCAAACUGUGUAUGGAGUGUUGACAGAAUUGAUGAAUCUCAUCUCUACAUUUAAUGCGCACAACUUGCUUGAUUAUCGAUUUUUGAUUCAAAAGAUGGCGAACGAACCAUAUAUUCACUUGUUGGUGGAACAUAGAAAAUCAUCCUCAGUUGAUUCGUUGAUACCAAGAAGUCAAAAAUUUUAUUAUGAUCUGCACAUGGAUUAUGAGAAACAUGGAGGAGUAAACGAUCUAAAUAAGAUGGAUUACAUUCCCUUGACAUGGAAAAGCAAAAAGCAAAUCCCAUACACUUUUCCAAUCAGACCCUCGCAGACGUCGACCAAAGAAAAACACAAAAGAAAAAACAAGGGUGGUGGCAAAUCAGAUCAAAGUACCAAGAAAGCAAAGCAGUGA